ACCGCAAGCCCCAGUAUCGCUUCGGGGGCGGGCGGGCGGCUUUUUUGCUCUCCCCCGUAGUCUUUCUUUCCAAUCUUUCUUUUUUGCUUGUGACGCUCUCUGCCCAACCCCGAGAUCGAGAUCGUGCAUUCUCUUGUUCAGCCAGGCCGAGCCAGGCCGAGCCGCGCUGCGCCGCGCUGCGCCGAGCCACAGAGCCACAGAGCCAUAGAGCCAUAUGGGCACUGCCUGUAUUAUUUAUUAUGUAUAUUCCCAAAGCCACGCCUUCCCAGACCACGCCACGCAUUAAAAUUCUAGCUUUUAAGUUCUGCUUUUUUUUCCUAGUUGCUCCGCCAUCAAACAAAAAGCAUUUUUCACGCUAUUAAAUUGCAACCAACCCUACAUCCCAAUGCCGACCAAGCCCGCUUUAAUCGAUCUCACCGGCGACUCGGACACAGCCGCCCCAGCAGCGGCAAGCUCCAAGCCCACGAGGCACAAAAGCCCACACACAAAGCAGAAAAUCCUCAGUUUCCUCCGCCUCCACCGCUCACCCACCGCGCCCGCCCACUUCCAACUCAGCCAACUACACCCUACGCCCGCAUUGGCCCUAGCCAACGCGUCAACCCAGCUAAUCAACACCACAAUGGUUGAUCGCGGGUGGGCCUGUGGCUACCGUAACUGUCAAAUGCUGCUCAGCAGUCUUUUGGCCGAUACGCGGUACCAUAUGCACGAGAGAUUCCCCUGUAGCGUCCCAUCAGUACGUGCCCUGCAGGAGUGCUUGGAGCUGGCGUGGCGCGAUGGCUUCGAUCCGGAUGGCGCUGAGCAGAUGGGCCGUAGGGUUGUUGGUGGGCGCAAGUGGGUUGGAACAACGGAGAUAUACUGCAUCUUGGCUCACUUUGGCGUGCCCGCAAGGAUCGUGGAUUUCCACCGGCCUACUGCUGCUGACGGCACGAACCCGAUGCUGUUCGCGUGGAUGGUUGAAUACUUUAUUGCAAGCGAGGGGGGGAGCGCAGGAGGCAUCCGGUUUAUUUGCAGCAUCAGGGGCAUAGCAGGACGGUGGUGGGCGUGGAGAUGGCUGAGGAGGGGGUUUCCUUGGUGCUGUUUGAUCCCGAUGUCGCUGUGUUGGAGCAACCUGAGAUUAAGCAUUUCCGCUUUAGACUGUGCGACACAAGGGGCGUGGAGCAGUAUCAGGUCUUGUAUGUGGAUGAAGACGAAAAUAUUUUUGCACCCGAGUAUGUUAUUCCAAACCUCAUUUCGUCUGUGCGCAUCCCCUAGAAAAAUCUUUUUUAGGCGCGGGUGAAAAAUAAACCUCUUGUAAAUAUUCUCCGUUCUAUUAUUUUAUAAUUUUUUUUGCAUCUGCAACAAAAUUUAAAUGUUCGCCAUUUCUAUUUAAAAAUAAAGCAGACAUAGCAC